AUGGCGACUCCUCCGCCACCUCCUCCUGGCGAGCUGUCCAAACGCAUGGGCACAACUGUCAAGAUAUUUCUCCCCAUUGCCGCUGCUCUCGCUUCUCGAGGCAAGAUAAAUCCGGGCGAUAUAAACCUGAGCGAUGGCGAAAAUAGUCUGAUGAAGACGAAAAUGGUUGAUCUGUGCAGAGAUGCCAUGAACCAAAGCAUAACAGAAGAUACAUUCGCAAACCCGAUAGGUUUCGUCGGCGACGAGCCUAUGAAAGAGGCGCUGGCGCAGUAUUUCACAACCUAUUUCCAUCCGACGAUUCCAGUCACGGCGGAUCAUAUCGUCCCCACAGCUGGUUCUGGAACUGCUCUAGAUGCGCUGUUCUUUACGUUAUGCGAUUCUGGAGAUAGUAUUCUCUGUCCGGUGCCGGGAUGGUGGGGCUACGGUCCAUACUCUCGAUUCCAUGCAGAAGCAAACUUAAUCCCUGCUCUGGUCAAGCCAUCAUCACCAUCGUGGCCGACGGAUAGCCUUUCGUCUGCUAUUAUCCCUGCCCUUGAAGAGGCAUACAACUCAGCCCCGGACCCUACACGAAUCAAAGCCGUGAUCACGUCAAACCCAAACAAUCCCCUAAUGAAAUGCUGGCCCAAGGACGUCGUGCGGCAAAUGAUGGACUUUUGCCAACAGCGCAAUCUGCACUACAUCUCUGAUGAAGUGUUUGCCAACACCGUUUUUGAUCCCGAUGCGGAACAAUUCGUGUCUGCUCUCUCGCUACUGAAGAAUCCCGAUACGGAAGAUAGUGACGAAGGGAAGAGCAUCAUCGAGCCGAGCAGGGUGCAUGUUGUGUGGAGUACUACCAAAGACUUUGGGGCUUGUGGUGUUCGAUCGGGCUGUGUCCUUUCAUAUCAUCCUCUGGUUCGUGCCGGGGUUUCAUUUGCUUCUCCAUGGCAGGUCUCUACUCUAACCGCUCAUUUCACAUCUUCCUUACUCACAUCGCCAUCUACGCCCGCUCUUUUGUCUUCGGUGCGCUCCCAGUUAGCUACAUCGUACAAAGUCUACCGUCAAGUUCUCUCUGCCCCGGAGUUAUCCGGAAGAAUCGAGCUUCUUUCGACAAGUGCAGGUCUGUGGGCUCUCGCCCUGGUCACUUUGAAAGCAGACGAGAAAGUGCAAGAUAUUAUUGCCAAUGGGAAGAAAAAGGGCGCCAUAGUUGGCGCAGCAAACGGGUUUGAAGCAUUUUUGCAACCGGGGCAAGCCAUGAUCAUGAUUACGAUUGCUUUGCCAGACGAUGUGCUCAAAGAGGGACUGGAGAGGUUCAAGGCGAGCUUGCUGUAG